UUGUUGUUGGUAGAGAGACUGCAAAGAAGGGAAGGGAGAGACAGCCGGAGAGAGACGGCAAGUGAGUGAGGGGCAAUGAGGAUGAGGACGGACAGAGAGGCAGCCUGAGAGUGACGGGCUGAUGCCGAGCUACGUGAGAGCCUGAUGUAGGUGACUAUGGACACUCCCUCUAAGAAGACAGCAGAGGAGACGGGAGAGACAGAGUGACUGAAGAGACAGCAAGAGCAGCCAUCCAGCCUAGAGACACCCCAUUCAUAGAACCUAGUGAAUGAGAGAUACCCCGAGCCUCAGACAUCCCAUCCCCUCGUCAGUUGAAGAAAUUUGUAAGAAGUAAAGGACAUCUUGGACAACAAAAGGAUCAGAGGCAACACUUUUUUUUCCUGGUGGACUGGAAGGGCUUUGGUCCUGAGGAGAGAUCCUGGGAGCCUUUGGAGAACAUUGAUGCCCGAGGUUCAUCUAAAGAAGUUUUAAAAAAAGUCUAGUCCAAAGAAGAGGGGGCAUGGGCAGCAGAAACUGAGUGAUGUGCCCAUUGGACUGAUUCCUUGAGCAGUCUCCUCUUUGUUUCCACCUGAAAGAAGUCCUGGGCAUUGAAGAUCCAGGGUGGGGGUCUGUCCCUCUACAUGUCUGUCCAACCAGUGGACAUCGGAAUGAACCUUCCAACCCAGUCUGAUGGUGUUAAGGGGCGAGAGCCAGCGUUGGAGCUCCUCAGCCGGGCACAGGGGCAUGCGAUGCCCGCUGCAGCAGUGGAGGUUACCCCUCUGCUUUCUGCAACAGUGCCCUCUCCAAACAGCCUCCCCCCAAGUCCCGGGGAGUUGACACAAGAGUCUCGGGCAACAAGUGGUCCCGGAGUGCCAAUGGACACCUUGAGUCGGGAGCAGCAGCUUCAGCAGCAACUUCUUCUCCUGAAACAACAACAGCAACUUCAGAAACAACUUCUUUUUGCCGAAUUCCAAAAACAACAUGAAAAUCUGACAAGACAGCAUGAGGUCCAGAUCCAGAAACACCUCAAGCAACAGCAGGAGAUCCUGGCGGCCAAGAGACAACAAGAGUUGGAGCAACAGAGGAAAAGAGAGAGGCAGAGACAGGAGGAAGCUGAGAAGCAGAGGCUGGAACAGCAACUUCUUAUACUGAGGAACAAGGAGAAGAGCAAAGAAAGUGCCAUAGCCAGCACAGAAGUAAAGCUGAAGCUUCAGGAAUUUCUGCUCAGCAAAUCUAAGGAGGUACCAGGCAGUGCGAACCAUUCCAUCUUACAGCACCCCAAAUGUUGGGGAACUCAUCAUACCUCACUGGACCACAGUUCCCCACCUCAGGCUGGGUCUCCAGCUACACCUCCUUCAUACAAGAUGCCUCUUCUGGGAACCUGUGAUGGCCGAGAUGACUUUCCCCUCCGCAAGACUGCUUCGGAACCAAAUUUGAAGGUUCGCUCACGGUUAAAGCAGAAGGUUGCAGAAAGGCGCAGUAGUCCUCUUCUCCGUAGGAAGGAUGGAACCGUCAUCAGUGCUUUCAAAAAGAGGGCUAUUGAAAUUCAGGUUUCUUCUGUAUGUAAUAGUGCCCCCGGAUCAGGACCUAGCUCUCCAAACAGCUCGAAUAGUGCCAUCUGUGAGAAUGGGCUGACAGGGAGCGUGCCCAAUAUUCCCAGUGAGAUGCUUCCUCAGCAGAGAGUUCUCACCCUCGAUGGAACAGGAGGGCCACUGGGGCUAUACACAUCUCCCUCACUACCCAAUAUCUGUCUGCAGGGAAGUGCCAGCAACCUCAGUGGCCAGUUCACCCCUCAGGAGGGAGCAGAGCGCCAAAGUCUACGACCUGGUGGACCUUUCCUCAACACCAGCUCGCUCUCCACACUGGAUGGAGGGGAGAUAACUCUGGGGGCUCCUUCUCUCCUGCAGCAUGUACUGUUAUUGGAGCAAGCCAGGCAACAGAGUGCCCUUAUAACAGUUCCACUCCAUGGCCAGUCACCCCUGGUGGGGGGAGAACGUGUGUCCACUUCCCUUCGAACAGUUACAAAGGGCCCACGACAUCGUCCCUUGAGCCGCACACAGUCCUCCCCUCUCCCACAAAGCCCCCAAGCUCUCCAACAACUGGUCCUUCAACACCAGCACUAUCUUGACCAACAACAGCUCAGCAAAACCGUGGAAGGAAUACGCCAGCCACCGACCCAUCCUGAAGAAACAGAGGAGGAAUUGACAGAACAAGAUAGUGGUGAGAGGUGUCGGGCCAUCUUCACCCUGGAUGGAGGAACAGAGAGUGAAGAGACACAAGAAGAGGAAGAAGGAGUGGAGGAUGAGGAUGAUGAUAGUGAGGGACGGACCAAUGGUUCAGAAAAUGCAUUUAAAAAGAUGUUCCCAGACUCCCCUUCUCUGUAUCAGGGUUCUCUUCCUCAUUCAGCUUUAAGUCGCACACAGUCCUCUCCUGCAGCUCCUCUCACCGCCCUCAGCUCCGAGCCACGACGCAGAGUUCUCAGCACCACAGGUUUAGUCUACGACACUCUGAUGCUCAAACACCAGUGUACGUGUGGGGAUACCAAUAACCACCCAGAACAUGCUGGGAGAAUACAGAGUAUCUGGUCCCGUCUACAGGAGACUGGUCUACUCAGCAAAUGCCAGCGCGUGCGGGGCAGGAAGGCCACGCUGGACGAGAUUCAAACUGUACAUACAGAGCACCACACCCUCCUGUAUGGGACCAGCCCGCAAAGCCGCCACAAACUGGAGAGCAAGAACCUACUGGGGCCACUCUCCCAGAAGAUGUAUGCAGUGCUCCCCUGUGGUGGCAUCGGGGUGGAUAGUGACACAGUAUGGAAUGAGCUCCAUUCUCCUGCUGCAGUCAGAACAGCUGUAGGAUCUUUGCUUGAGAUGACAUUUAAAGUAGCAUCUGGAGAACUGAAGAAUGGAUUUGCAGUAAUCCGUCCACCUGGACACCAUGCAGAAGAGUCCGUUGCCAUGGGUUUCUGUUUUUUCAACUCUGUAGCCAUUGCUGCCAAACUUCUCCGUCAAAAGAUGAACAUCGGUCGUAUCCUUAUAGUUGACUGGGAUAUUCACCAUGGCAAUGGAACCCAACAAGCCUUUUACAGUGACCCCAAUGUCCUGUAUGUGUCUCUCCACCGUUACGAUGACGGGAACUUUUUCCCUGGCAGCGGCUCUCCAGAAGAGGUGGGUGCCGGCAGUGGAGUUGGAUUUAAUGUGAACAUUGCAUGGACAGGAGGAGUGGAGCCACCUCUGGGGGAUGCUGAGUACCUGGCUGCUUUUAGGUUGGUGGUCAUGCCUAUUGCUCAGGAGUUCAAUCCAGACCUUGUCCUUGUCUCUGCUGGGUUUGAUGCAGUGGAGGGUCACCAAAGCCCACUUGGCGGCUACUCUGUUACAGCAAAAUGUUUUGGACACCUCACUACACAGUUGAUGUCUCUGGCGAGUGGUAAGGUUGUCAUGGCUUUAGAAGGAGGACACAACCUAACUGCCAUCUGUGAUGCCUCUGAGGCUUGUGUGUCUGCACUUCUGGGCAUGGAGCCUGCACCAUUUGAUAACAGUGUCAUGCAGCAGAGACCCAACGCCAACGCAGUGACCACUCUAGAGAGAGUCAUCACUAUCCAGAGCAAGCAUUGGAGCUCCUUAAAAAACAUUGCUCUCAGCCACUCCAUCUUGGAAGCACAACGAGGUGAGGUGGAGGAGGCAGAAACUGUUAGCGCCUUGGCAUCAUUAUCCGUAGAUACAGAGCAAAGCAAUACAGACUGUAUCUCCAGACCAUUGGAAGAGCCCAUGGAAGAUGAGCCGGUGGCCUAAUCCCCUUCUUGGGGACUCCACACAUCACAAUCCUUUUUUUAUUUUCCUUUCUUAGUUUUUGUUAUGGUGAUCGGUUUAUUUUUUCUAUUAAAACCAAGAAACAGACAAAAAAAAAAAAAGAAAGAAAAAAAAAAAAAAAACGCCAGAAAACUCAAUGGGUCAGAUGUCAUGUGUCCCAGUGGGCAAGACUAGCACACGCUCCCUCCCUAUCCUCGGGACCCCUCACUUACACACCAUGCUCAGUCUGGUCUCCUCACUAAAUGCUACUGCCAAUGUCUCAUUGAUCUGUGCCUCGUACAUCACCAAUGCACGCAUAAGGUCCCUUUAAUUGUGCCACAAAUCUCAGAGUGUACCCAUCACCUAUCCAGUCAGCCAUGUUGUUGUCCGAACUGACUGAGGACUAGGAGCCAAGGAAGCAGCUUGAUGAAUAUUGUUUGCCUCACAAAAUGGUUACUUCCAAUGGGUUCAGGCAACAUAUGCACUUUAUUGACCCCCCCAUUCAGUUCUGACAUUUAUUCUAUCAAAACAAAAAAAAGGGAUACUAUUUUUUGUAGACUCCUGAAAAUCCCCAUUUGCGAGAGUACCAAUAUAUAAAAUGAGCUUCCUCAGGGUUUGGAGAUAUUGCUUCUUAAACACAGGUAUUCCUAACCUUAAAGGGGUUGGCCAGUUUCCUAUAUCGUGGACUUAUCCUGAGGAUAGGUCAUCAAUAUAGGAAACUGGCCAAACCCUUUAAAUGUGAAGGUACACGUGAAUGAAUAAAAACUGACUGCGAUAAAUAUGAGAGCCUAUAGGCCUCAUCUGGACAGACAAAAUGCUGCCUUGUUGACCAUAGCAACCAAUGACAUUUCAGCUUUCAUUUUCUAACCUGCACUGGGAAAAUGUAAGCUGAAAUCCCAUUGGUUGCUAUGGGCAACAGCUGCUCUGCACCAGUUUAUAUAAAUGAGACCUAUCUUGUAGAUUGGGAUUUAUAAUACUGGCGUAUGUGGAUGCGUGGAAGUCGUUCAGGACAGUCUUUAGUUGCUUUUUUUUAUGUCAAGAAUAGCAUACACUGCAGCACUGUUCUUGCCAUGGAAAUGCAUUAAAAGAUCUAUUAGAAGUCAAUUGGAUCCAUCAGAGUUUGUUCAGAACCAUGUGGAAAUGGAUCCAGCAGAAGUGUCAUGACUGCUACGUUGGAUUCACACACUGGGGAAGAUUUAUCAAAACUGGUGUAAAGGAAAACUGACUUGGUUGCCCAUAGCAACCAAUCAGACUCCACCUUUCAUUUUUCACAGCCUUUUUGGAAUUUGAAAGGUGGAAUCUGAUUGGUUGCUAUGGGCAACUAGGCCAGUUUUCCGUUAUACCAGUUUUGAUGAAUCUCCCCCACAGUGUGUUUUGUGGCAUUUCCUUGGAUUUUUAUGGGUCAGAAAAACUGCAGCUUUAAAGGCUAUGGACACCUUUGGUGCCAAUUCUUUUAUCAUUGCAUUUUAUUCAUUUUGAGCUAAAAUCAUAUAUAUUUUUUCAGUUGGGCUUUAUUGUAAAAAAAAUUUCCACUACAGUUUUCAGUUUCAGUGCAUUUAAAGACCAUCGCUUUCUGCCUCACACUGAAUCUGUCAAGGAGCUUCUCCAACCGAUCUAUCUGUAGCCUUUAUCUCUGAACUCCUGACUGAUUAUAAACAUUCAUUAUAGAUAAAUGCUUUUCAGGCCUCAUGCACACGACCGCACCGUCUGCAAAACACAGAUACCGGCCGUGUGCGUUCUGGACUUUGCAGAACGGAAGGUCUGGCCCUCAAUAGACCAGUCCGUGAUACAGACAAGAAUAGGAUAUGUUCUAUUUUUUUUUUUUUUUGCAGGCCCGCAGAACGGAGGUACAUAUGCGGCCAGCACAUCGAAAGCUGUCCGCCCUAUUAAACUGAAUGGGUCCGCAUCUGAGCUGCAAAAAAAUGCGGCUCGGAUGCGGACCCAAACCACGUUCGUGUGCAUGAGGCCUCAGACUCAUAAGAAUAUGGCUUAAUUAAGUGUUUAUGAGCUGUUAGGAGUUCAGCGAUAAGGGCUAUGGAUCGAGCAGUCACAGCAGCUCCUUGACGGAUUCUUUGUAAAGAGUGCCAUAGUCUGUAAAUGCACUGAAACUGAACGUAAAUUAAUAAAGACCUAUUGGAUAAAAGGAUUUUUUGCCCAAAACGUGUAAAAUGCAAUAAGAAAGUUUUUUUAAAUGCUGAAAAAAGCUUGUCAGAUCAGGCGCUAACUAAGCCUGAGACGUAACGACUAAAUUUCUGACUACUUACCUGUGUUUAUGGAGAAUAUCCUUCAAACCUAUUCCUUAAAUGGUUGUCCCACAAUUAUUAUAUUAAACGCCUGACUUGUGGGGGGAAGGGGGCUCCAGCUUUUGGGCAGCCCAGUUAUUUGGGGGAACAUGCCGUUUUUGAUCAUCAGUGGGAUUGGAAACCACUUGCUUUUGGGCUUGGUAAAAGACUGAAAAUUCUAGUCUGAGAUAUCUUCUUUAAAGGGCAGAUUUGUACCAACAAAACUGGCUGUCCUCUGUUGCAUGUGUGUUUGGCAGCUGAGGGCAGUCAGUGCAGUUGACCCUCCAGAGCAGAAUGCCAUAUUUACCCCCCCCCCCCCCCCAAAAAAAAUGCCCUAACAAGACAAUCCCUUUUACAGACAAGUUCAACAUGAAAAAACUCCCCAUUGGACGCCAAGCCCUAGAGGACAUGACAAUAAGUGUCCCUCUACAUGUAUGUGUAUGUGUGUAUAUGUGCAUCUUACUCAUUAACCAUGUCAUUGUCCCAGGGUUGGUAUGUGCGUGUCUGUUAAUGUGAACGUAUACACACAGCUCAUACAGCUAUUCAAUUGGAGAAGUUUUAUCCUGCCAAGGACCAAAUUGAAAGAAUUGUGGGGAUUGAAGGGUUUCACUUUUGCAAUCUUUGAGAUAUUUAUUGCUUCCCCCCCCCCCCCUUUAAUUCAUAUAUUAUGUUAAUAAUGAAACUCUUUGACUGCUAUGCAAGUCAGCCCUCUAUAAGACAAUGAUGUAGCCGUCAGGUGUAGAGAAUCCAGUUCCGCUAGGGGAUGCCAAGCUCUGAUUGGAAUUUUUGGCCUUUUGGCUUCACACUACACACUUCUAUGGACAACCGGGUUUAUAUUUAAUAUGUUGAGAUCUAUUUCUUUGACAUUUCCUAGAAUGGAAACACUACUGAUUCAAUAAAUGUAUAGAGCGUUAGUGCAGCCAUUCUGCAGGUUGAGCCAGCGAACCAACAUCAAAGCCAAACCGCAGUCCAGUAACAUUAUAAAUCCAUUAUUCAAUAUGACGUACCCUAGCAGAAUUUGUAUUUCUGCUUGCAUGUUGCUUAGCAACCACUUGACUUUCCUGUCAAAAAUUAUAAAUUUAGCGGAGCACUACAAACUAUCCCUCUUCUUUUGUCAAAUAUUUUUCUAUGGACAGUUACAGGUUUUCCCAUUAACAACAUUUCUCACCUAUCCAUAGGAUUGACAGAGAUAGCUGAGCAACGCCCCCAUUAGUCCCAUAGAUGUGAAUGAAGCGGUAGUCACGCAGGCACAACACUGGACCAUUCACACAGGGAAUUAAAGAUUCCUAUUUUCAUGACAGGUGGGGAUUCCAGCAGUCGGACCACCAGCAACCAUAAACUUCUCACCUAUCCUGUGCAUAGGUGAUAAAUGUUAUUAAUGGGAAA